AUGGAGGUGGUGGUGGUAAUGGCCGCUGUCAUAGUUGUGGUCGUUUCGGUCAUUUGGCGCGUAACUGUAAUACUAGUUAUGGUCGGGGAGGUGGAAACCGUGGAUUUAAUCGUGUUGUUUGUUACAAGUGUAAUGGAUAUAACCAUUAUGCUAGGGACUGCAAGGCUAAUGAUGUGA